AAUUCUAUUUUGAUGAAUAAUAUGAAUGAAACUCGAAUUUAUUUUGUAGGAUUUUGAUCUAAUUUAUCUAUACAUAGCAUAGAAUAUAUAUACUAAAUGAAAUCUGUACUAAUACUAAUCAAAGUCAUUAUAUUCCUUGUAAAUCUUAUUGUAUAAAACAAUCAAUUCUUACUUAUAAAGAAUGUUGAAAGCCUGCUUAUUUCUUAGAAGAGAACAGAUUGAAUAAAAAGUAGAAAAUGGAUCAAUAGAAUACGAUUGUUAUACACUACCUAUUUAAAUACAAAUGAUAAAUAUGUUAAACAGGAUAUUUUAUAAAAGAGACUUUUGAUUCGAACCUACAAUAAUCAUAACUAUAAAAUAGUUACGAAUUCAUUUUUUCACAAUGAAGCCAAACAGCCAUACGGAAUUGUUCAAUAAAAAUUUAUGGUUAUCCAAUUAAAGUUAUUUACCAUGAAUGCAGGUAUCAAAAUGUCAGUAAAGCGACAAAAAGAGGAACCAUUUUUCCUAAUCCAAAAAUUGAAAAGUUAUGUCCUAGCAGUUAACUUUACCAAGUAAAUUAGCUACAGUUGUGCUACGAUGCUAUCCGGUGUAUUCGUUUUCUUGGUGACAUGAUUAUUAUUGUUGUGAUCAGCCAGUAUUUAUUGUGUACAAACACAGAAGAAAACAUGUUCAAUUCCUUUAAGGUUGAUAUGCCAAGACAAAAGGAAUCAGUGGAUUACUUCAAACUAUUGAAUAAAAUAACUGAGUCACAAUCUAAUUCAACGCAAACAAAUGAGAUCAUUGGUAGGAAAACAAAUAAAUCAAGUGAAUUUCAAUGGGAUUAUUUACAUACAAUAAAAAUGGUACGCAAACGUAGAACUCCAAAGUAUCAUAGAAAUGAUUUCCAAUCUUUAUCACUAUCUGUAAUGGGAACAGAUCGAUCUGUAUACAGAACACAAAAUUUUUAUUCUAUUACAUUUAAACAAGCAGACUGUUACUUACAUAGUCAAACAAUGCAUCUCUAUGAAAUGUUUCACUUACAAUUUUCAUUUAAAACAUCUCAAGAACAUGGUUUAUUAUUGUUUAAUUCAGGCAAACAAGGUGUUGACUUUUUAGCAUUUGAGUUAAUAAAAGGUUAUUUACAUUUUGUGUUUGAUAUGGGAAGUGGAGCCCAACGCAAUGCUCUUGUUAAAUAUACUGUUACAGACUUAAAAUGGCAUUGUGUAGAAUUACUAAGAAUGGAUCUUGAUAAUAAUAUUCUUCAACUGUACAUGGAUCGGAACACUAUACUUGAACAAUCUUUAAAUAUAUCAGUCAUUCACGGUGACAGUGCUAGAAACUUCAAUUUGAAUGAUCCUCUGUAUAUUGGUGGAACACCACAACCCGUCUUUCUGAAAUGGAGAGAAAAAAUCAGUUCAUUUCAUGGUUUUCAGGGAUGCUUUGGGAAUUUUUCUAUAAAUGGACAAAACAAUAUUGAUUUACUGAAUAUAACUAAGUCUAGGUAUUUCAAUAACUGGACGAUUCCCGUGUGUUACGAUCAAAUUCUUGAUGAAUGUUUGGAACGUCCAAAAGGUGCACUUCAAUGUAAUAAUUUUCAAGGAACUGAAAAACAUCAGUCUACCAAAGAACUUGAAACAAUUUAUGCUAUAAAUUCGCAUGAAUUUCAACCAUAUUGCUUGAAUGAUGGAAUUUGUUUGCAAACAUGGAACACAAUAAAAUGUGCUUGUGAACUAACUUCAUUUGAAGGAGACCGAUGUACGACAGCUGGAACAACCUUUCUUUAUGAUUUCUACUUUGAUUCUACAAGUUUAUCUGAAGGUGACCAGAUAAGCACUGAAGAUGUAAAGGAAAAAGGUUACCUACAAUUUAUAUAUAUGGAUAGCUCAAGAAAUACAAAACAAGAUGAAUUUGUACUUGGAGUUCAGACGUUGCCUACAAAAAUAUAUGGCAAGUUAAAAGGGCAUACUUCUCAAUUGUACAGUAAUUAUAUUUCAACUUUGAUAUUCGUAUCAGGUUUUACACAGAUUGGCGAUUUUAUACAUUUAUUUCUAGAAUCAGGUAUUGUACGACUCAAUUAUAAUAUGGGUGGAGGUGUCGUUCAUAUAAGUGGGCCUAAUUUUCCAAUUGAUGAUGGAUUUUAUCAUCGGAUUCGAGGUUAUCGAGUGGAUCAUCAAGUUAUACUUGAAGUGGAUGAUACACGGCAUACCUAUGAAUUAAAUAGUGCAUAUGGCAAACAAUUCAACAAUCAAAAAGUUAUUUGGCUUGGACAUGCACCUGAAUUGAAUAGAACCGACUUUUUUCGAGGUUACAUGACAGGUGUCUACUACAAUGGUUUACUCCUGAAUGACUUAGCCGCGGGUUUGUUGUAUUUACCUUACAUUCAUGUGACACGUUUCGCUAACGUUAAGUAUGUGCCUAAAUUCCAACCAAAUCUGGGUAAACUUAAUUUUUUCAAGGAUUCAUCUUUCUCUACAUGGCAAAUACAUGACACUUCAGGCUCAGAUAACUAUUCAAAUGAUAGUGGGUUGCACUAUGUGAAUCGUGAUGAACCUAUCACCAUCAAUAGGAUCACUACAGACAUUCCUAAAGACCCAUUGUUAUUUUCAUCUAACUUCAAUUCAUCUUAUUUAUCACAAUUAUCAGAUCACUUGUAUCUUAAGAAUGGAAUAUUAACUCAGUCUAUUAGUCCAAAUCAUAAUCGGUCACAUUUGGCUAACUUACAGUUUAAUGACUGGAAAGCGGGAAAAGCAAUACUUAGUGUACAUAAACAAGUAAACAUUUGGUUAUUAAUAUGUUUAGCUGGUGCUUGUUUAGUAAUGAUUAUCUCAUUGACAUUUCUAGCCUACAAAUGUCAUCAUAAUAAAAAUGUAUACUCUCAUUCUACUGAAAUUGUUGAACUCAAACCAAACACUGAACAAAUUCAUUUAUCUCAUAGUUCACUCAAUAAGAAAGUUCAUUCAAUCGGUUCAUUAUUAGGCAUAGAUGAUAUACAAUAUAAUACACUUUCUACAUAUAGUAAACAACACAAUGAACCAUCAUCAUGCCUAAUGACAUACUCAUCUCAUUUAAACAAUAAUCAGAUAUCGAUUUGUGAAAAAGAAUCCCCUAUACUGAAUACCAUAGCCACUUCUUUUAUUCUUGUAACUGAACCAAUAAAUUUAACAACUACAGCAAAAGCUGAACUAAAUAAUUAUAAUUUAGAGAGAUACUCUAUACCUGUAAAUCAUGCAUUCCAUGUAGACAUUUGUAGGAAUACAUCACAAGAUUCAAUACAAUUCAAUACGGAUAAGUAUGCUAAUAUAACUCAAUAUAACACAAGUUUCAAUCAAUUAUUCGAAUUAAAUGACACUGAAAAAGUUGAAUAUUCAAAACAAAAUGUUAUAUACAAUAUUGUUAGUGGAUUGAACACUGAACCAAUUACCACAUUUCCAUCAGUAGAAACUAAUCAAAUAGUUCAGUUCUCUGAUGUUAACCAUUGUAUUCAAUAAUGAAACUGAUAAUCAUAACCAUCCAUAAAGCAUCAAAAUCGAAUCAAAAGGAUAUUUUGUAUGUAUUAGAUAAUAAUAAUCAUUUUGUUUGAAACAAUUUUUUGAUAAAAAUGUUUCGAAUUUUCAUUACGUAAUGUCGUAAUAGAAUAUAAUUUAUUUCAACUGUUCUAUAUAGUACUAAUUAUAACAAUAAUAUUAAUAACACGGAAAAUUAUACAUAAAUAGCUAAAAUAUUGG